CUUCUUUUAUCUUUGAUUCAAGGUUGUCAAUCUAGCUACAUGACAUUUUUACAAACUUGAAAUUACUGUACUUUGCGAUUUUCAUUUUAUAGAAAUAAAAAUAUAUGAGAAUGUAAAAUUACUUCGUUGUUAGAUUGUUUUAUGUACCCCUCGUCAAGGGCUAAGUGAGGCAUUUUAAUUUAUCAAUUUACCAAUAACCUUUAAAAAUCAGCUGUGAAUGACUUUCAUCUCGUCGUGUGGGAAUUUUCCAUAAUUUCACCAUUUCUAGAGAAAUGAGACUAACGUUGCGUUUAUUAUCAUCCGUCGCUCAGACGAGGCCGUUUUAUGUGACGACGCCAAUAUUUUACGUAAAUGCAGCUCCGCACCUGGGGCACCUAUACACAGCCUUGGUGGCGGAUGCUAUCCAGAGGUUCGAGAAGCUCACCAACCCCGACUGCAAUGUCAUCUUCAGCACAGGCACAGAUGAACAUGGAACAAAAAUCCAGCAAGCAGCAGCGAAAGCGAACCUCUCAUUACCUCAAUACUGCACUGACAUAUCAAAUGAGUAUAAAGAGUUGUUCAAAGAAUAUGGUGUAGGCUACACAGACUUUAUACGCACCACAGAGGAUCGCCACAAGAAGGCUGUUGCACAUUUUUGGAAUAAAUUGUUAAAGGAGGAUUACAUAUACAAAGCUAAAUACUCAGGUUGGUACAGUGUGAAUGACGAGUCUUUUGUCCUGGAGACUCAUGUGAAGGAUGAGGUUAAAGAUGGAAAAAAUGUGAAAGUGUCUAUUGAGUCAGGACACACAGUAGAAUGGACAGAGGAGACAAACUACAUGUUUAGAAUGAGUGCAUUCAAAACGCACCUUCAAGAGUGGCUGAAACAAGAUGGUGUUAUAAUGCCAAGCAAAUUUCAGAAGCAACUUCAAGACAGUUUACUGAGUGAUGUCUAUUUUCCCGAUAUAUCAGUAAGCAGGCCUUCAUCUAGAGUGCAUUGGGCUAUAAGGGUUCCGGGUGAUGACGAGCAGAGCAUCUACGUGUGGUUGGACGCGCUGAUCAACUAUCUGACGGUGCUGGGCUACCCUGACGAGGACGCCAUGAAGGCGCGCGGACGAGCCUGGCCCGCGGAUGUGCACGUCGUCGGAAAGGAUAUACUCAAGUUCCACGGCAUCUACUGGCCGGCUUUCUUGAUGGCGAUCAAGUGGCACCCGCCACGGCGGCUGGUCUGCCACUCGCACUGGACCGUCGACGGCGCCAAGAUGUCCAAGUCGCUCGGAAAUGUGGUUGCACCAAGAACCACGGGAGUUGAACCCUCAGCGCUUCGAUACCUGCUACUUAGGGAGGCUACCAUGGCGCAUGAUGCCAACUUCAGCUCCCGCAAGCUGGUGGCGGUGGCGAACUCGGAGCUGGCGGACACGCUGGGCAACCUGGCGAGCCGCGCCGCCGGCGCCGCGCUCAACCCGCGCGCCGAGCUGCCCGCGCUGCACCCGCACGACCUCGCCGCGCUCGCCGCCGGCGAGGUCGCCGCCUACCUGCUGCACUGCGUCGAACGGCUGCCAGAAAUUUGCUACACACACUACAAGAACUAUCAAUUCUACAAAGUAGCCGACGCGGUCACACACUGCUUACAUUCGGCAAACCUAUUCUUUGAAACACAUAAACCGUGGGAACUGCGCAAGAACGUCGAAAAACAAAAAGAACUGGACGUCAUCCUCCACAUUACCAUGGAAACCUUAAGGAUAUGCGGCAUCAUAUUACAGCCAAUAAUACCAGAGAUUAGCACGAAAUUACUGGACAAACUACAAAUCCCUAAAGAUUGCAGAAACUGGGAACACUGUGAAACUCCAUCGUGGAGGAUAGAAGGCGCUAUAUACGAAACUAAGAACAUAAAGAGUGGUAAAUUCGUUCUCUUUCAAAGGAUUUAUACUGAUAAGAAAAAUGUACAUAAAAAGAAAGCUAGUGCGUAAAGCAGCUAAAUUUGUUCUAAGACGUAAAUGUAUGAGAUUGUCUUUUGAUACGUAAUUUGUAUACCUGGGUCGAAAAUGACCCGUCUAAAAUUUAUUUAAUUAUGUGAAGAUCUUUCUAUAUUUAAAUGAUACAUUUGGAAGGGGUAUUUUUGUCCAAAAAAAGAAAAAUCAAAACUGGGUCAAAAUUGGCACGAAGACAAAAUAUGCUCAAACUUUUGCCACUAAUAAAGACUCAGAAAAAAAUUGCUAGUUACCUAAAAAGACAGUUAAAUAGAUUUAUGGUUUUUAAAAAACCUUAUCUUAGAUCCAUAAUAAUAUCUCGGGUGUAAUAUAGCGGGUUUAGUUUAUAAAAUCAAGAACGGCAUACCAAAUACUAGAUAGUUUAGUCAAAAUAAUUAUAACAUAAUGAAUGGGAAAGUUUUAUAAACUUAGGGGUCGUCCGUUAAUCACGUGAGGCUCGAAAGGCGGGGAGGGGUUCGGAAAUAAAAUCACGAAAUUUCACAAGGAAGUAAUGACACGUAUAUUUAUUUUUCGUUAAUCGCGCGAUUUAAUCUAAAAAUUUCAAUAUACUUUGUACCAAAAAAAUACAUUGGGUACCCGAUCCAAUGAUUUCGGGUGGGGGGAGUUGUAGCCUAAAAUCUCACCACACAUCACCAGGAGUGGAGGGGGUUAAAAAGUCACUAAAAACAUCACGUGAUUAAUGGACGACCCCUUAUAGAGUAAGCGACGAGUGACAUCACAAUUUACUCGUAAUUUAUGAGCUUAGAAUAUGUGGCUAAAUCCUUAUUAUAAUCGAGGGCAUUAUAAUCAUAAAAAACUUUAAAAAUAUCUCAUUAUAACACUACAGCAGGCUAGUGACCUCAAUUUUAUAAAAGUAAAUUGACAUAUAAGUGAGUUGAUACUAAAUAUCUUUUAAUCCCAGUGAAAUAUACAAUUAUAAUACUUUUUUUUUCCAUCCAUGAAUGGUCACAAUAUCUGUAAUGAGGGUUGCUAGACAAAAAGAUUUACAGCCGGUGCUGUGUAGAGAACUAACAUAAAAUCAAUGUAAAUAUUUCUUUUUACUGUAAAAAUACUUUCUUAGUUCCUAAAUAAAGUCUCAACAAAACUCCUGUUCUAAUCAAAAUAUGAACAAUGCAUUUCAUUAUUUCAAGUUGUGACAGGAACACAAUAGGAGUGCUUCCUGGUCAACUCUUAAUUCUUUGUUAUUUGUGUUGUUAUUGCAUUUAUAAAUUUAUUAAAACCCCUCCCUGAGUUUGAGUUUUUUCGCCUGUAAAAAAAAUAUUUGAAGCCUUUUUAACAAUUACAAACUGCCAAAGUUGGUCUUGGUUGCAAAUUAAAAUGAUAGUAUUUUAAGAGGAGAUGCACGGAAACAACCAUCUUAGUGUCAUUUUCCUUGGAAAAUUAAUAUAACAAUAUUCACAUUUAAAAAAGAAAAUACAACCAAAGUAGAUUAUUGCAGAAAUGUGAUGUUGAUUGAUUUUCCAUGGACAUUUGCAAUUUCGAAUAGAUAGCUUCUAAAAAUACGUAUAAGUUACUGCGGAAGGGCUUUAAGUAAUUUGGUGAAACCUUUAACCAGUGUUAGUUUAACUUUUCUUAAGCUAUUUUAUUUUGCACUAUUCCUCUCCUUCUACCUAUUUUAUCACUCGGCAAGAGUCACUGACCCCUCUAAGCCUAUUCUUGGCUUGACUACCUGAAUAGAGAGCGUGUCCCUGACUCGCUGUGAGGUUCAAUGAAGAAUUUAGUUGUUUUAAAAUUGUUUCUCCAAAGAGAUUGGGAUGUGGUGGAGGUCUUGUCCCGAAUCUCGUAUUUAUUUUGUUUGGUGAUGUUUCUCUCAAUAAAUGUCUGUAAUUAUGCGGUUAUAUGUGCUUGCUAAUUUUAAAUUUGAAAAUUGUGACUUGCAAUCUUUUGCAUAAUAUUGCAAUUAGUUUUAAAACUUUUAUGAGAUACAGUUGUUUUUCUGUGUCAUUAGUAAAAACUUUAUCAAUAUACUGUAGUUAAAGUUGCAAUUGAAAGUAAUUUUGGAUUAUGGCAAUGAAAUUCUUAAUUCUUCCAUUGUGUUAAUAUGAGGACAUUUUGAAUAUUUUACUUGUUUCCAAUUACUAUUUUGUGUUGUGUUGAAAUUGUUUUUAUUUUAGUGUUGAUUCCUAAUAGGCAUGUUGACGCAUUUUGUUACGAGAAAUUUAUUGUAUUAUUGAGACUGUUUAGUGUUUAUGUAUUAAUCUGCAAUAAAAUAUUUAUUACUGAUGUGCAUCUUCUAUUAA